ACGAGCGUCGUUGCCGCGGAUCGGCCAACAGUCCCGAUUGUUUCACCGUACCUGUCACACCUGUGCAAUUCGCGCUUGUUUUUUCGGUAAUUGUUCCUUCCACUGGAGGUGAUUAGCGGGAAACACAAAGGGCAUGAAGCCAUGACGUAGCCUACAUCAACAUUGGGAAGAGGUGAUACUUGGGAAAAAAUCAUGAUGUGGCUGGGUUUGACAUUCCUGCUGGUUGCUAUUAGACUCGAGGGAGUCUGUGGCCAGAGCAACUAUGCCUCCCAGGGGAAUAGCAUUGAGUAUCAGCCAGGACUACCACCGAGUACAAUACUCGAUGGAAAAGUUACCAAACUCGAUGAAUUGUCACCGAUAAUAUUUUUAAAUCGAACAAAGGCGUAUCUCAAUUGCAGCCAAGGUAGUAUGGAAGUCGAGUUGAAAUUUGAAGAGCCUUUUUAUGGAGUUGCCUACGCGGAUUUCGAUAGAAACAGCGCGUGCUUCGUCAGGGGACGUGGGCUGGAUCAUGCCAAGUUGGAGUUGCCUUUGAAAGGAUGCGGUACCAAACAGGAUCCCCAAAGAGUCUUCACCAACAACAUCGUUGUGAGGUUCCACCCUGGACUGGAAAUGGACGGAGACGAGGUCAUUACGAUAAUCUGUCGAUACCCACCACCCAUUACCCCAAGACCUGGACCUGCUGAACCACUACCAAAUCUUCCUCCAACAGCAGCUCCGCCCUUGAGUCCUCUGAAUGGACUCCAAAUUUUACUGACCAUCUGCGCACUUCUCUUCCUCUCUCUGUUACUGCUGGGUCUGGGUUGCUCGUACCUGUGCCUGAAACGGCGUAACGUACGUGUGAUCCAUAGACAUCCGCUGGAGAGUGCGUCAGGCUCUGAGAUAACAAAGCUCUCGCAGUCGUCACUUGGUCACAUCUCGAUGUUCGAGGGUCUGAAAAUUCCUCGAGCGCACGCCUUGCUGCAUGCAACAGCCUCAUCCUCAGGCAGCGAAGCUAACCUGGUGAUUGACCACUCGGAUACACUUCCGAGCGACUACCCGAGCGAGAGUCACUCAGAGGUAGGAAUCGAGACAACUCAUGCGUACGGUUUCGAGGAGGUGAUUCACUCAAGCAGAUCAACGACAUCCCUGACCCCAGGGCUGUCGCACAUCGACGACAUGCGGUCACUGCCGCUGUCCUCCGCUGGUUCCUACGACAACAAAGGAUUCGUUCACACCCAGGAGAGGGCAGCCAGUAGUCUCUAUUCGGAGACGAUCGCCGAUGUGGAGACGUCGGGACUGACGAGUGUGACGGCGUCGCGGGUGUCAGUACCCCGUCACCCAGUGGCCGUUCCCAUCGAGCCCAAGUUCGAUGUGCAGAUGAGAGUCAAAAGAGCACCACCACCUCCUCCCAGUCCCCUUCCAUCGGAAUCCGAUGCAAGUACAGCCCUCGAGAGGAAUCUCACGACAAUUCUCGAGAGGGAGGAGACGACGCGCUCCAUGGAGACAGCACCUCCCAGGAUGACGACGUUCUCUUACGUACCCGAGUUGCACGGGCCCCCGAGCACAAUUUCCAGGCAACAGACGCCUCCUGUUUAUUCCAGAAUUCUGAGGAAACAGGCGGAGCGAGAGAGUUACGAAGUGACACAGCACGGACCGUCGGCGACCAUCCACCGACCGAGAACUCUCAAAACUCUCGAUGAGUUUAGUGAAAUGAGGACCACCGAGGUGACGGAUGCUUCUCAUGCCAAGUACAGGGUGGCUAGUAUUCUUGCUCCGACACCACCACCACCUCCGCCCAUCGCCCCGACGCAUGCCGUCGUACAGCAAAGGGAUCACGUCAGGGAAGAAGUCGAGCCACUCGUCGAGCCUAUCGUAUCUCCCAGGAGACCUGAGAUUACCACUCAUGAAGUGGAUGAUGUAUUCUUGAGGACUGUCACCGAGAAGAAGACCAUUGAGGACGUCGAGCGACACAGGAGACAAGUCACUGAGUAUCGCGCAAGGCCCCAACCCGAUCCCAAAUGGGACGUAACCAUCAGAAACUACCCGACUCACGAGCUACCCCCGGCGCCGCCCCAGUGGGAGAACUUCUCGGACGUGAGUUCCGCCUCGAAUUUGACUCUAACGAACGAGCCCCUGCGCCACCUGGACGACCUGGACUCGACGAUUCAGCCGACAUACUCUCGCGCCGAGAUGCCGUCGAGAUCGCCAAUGGGUCUCGACGACGGCGACGACAACUGGGAGACGCUAUCGCGUGUUCUAGAGCCACAGUACGCAGGAGAACUGACGGAGGACGAUCGCCAGAAGUGGCGAGAGGUGAUCACAACAGAGAGCACUCUAAGAACCCUGUUGCACGAGGCCGUGGUCAAAGAGGACUACGAGUUGAUAAGGAAAGACGAGAGGUAUCAGACGCUCUUCCCAGAGACGAAAUGGGACGUCAUUAUCCGGAUCCUGAGUCCUCCGGCGACGUCGAUAGGCUCCAGCAAGAGCGGCCAGAGAUAUAAGAGGGGUAAAGGCUCGGAGUGGGACAGCAGGUCGAGGAGGUCCUCCUUGCCGACGCUUUACGAGUACGACAGCGAUGGAGGGACCUCCAUAAGGACUCACGACGUACCUGGAGUGCCCUCCGACAGGCGACGACUCUCCUCCGCCAGGGGUGGGAGUGAAGUAGAUCUGAGGUCCAUGUCUGAGACCAUUCGGGAGUUUAAAAUGCAAAGGGACGAUGUCAGUCUCAGUUCUUAUGACGCUGACUCGAUCGUUAGGUCUCUCAGUCAGCCCAGUCUGGUGAGAUCAGGCUCUGAGUUCACGGAACACUGGGGUCUUCCUGCUAGGAAUCUCAGGGCCUGGGCCCCUGAACCGGAGGAAACCGCCAGCUCACCCGAAACAACCCCUAGGGCUGUCAGGAGAGGUGAUCGGGUCGAGAUCAUGACCUCAUUUAACUCGGGACCUAGACAGAGCACCAGUGGACUCACCACUUUCGCCAGGUCUAGGUAUUCUGAGAGGGAAACUGUCAGGGUUGAACAGCCCAGGUCCAGCUGGUUCAAUGAUGAUUCUGAACCGGAGAUGCAGAUUUAAUGGCGAAUCGAAAUACUUGAACUUGGUACAGGCCAAAAUCACGAGCUGGGAACAAUGGGGGAGAAUUAUUUAUGAGCUUUAAAUUUAUUUGGGAUUAAUAAAUUUGGUACGAAUUUUUGGAGUAGAUGAGUUGUGAAUUUGAAUUGAAGAUACAAAAUUCGGUGAAUUUUUUAUAAAUUUACAUGAUUUCGAAGAAUUCGGCAAAUGUAGGUCAUCACUCAACACGUGAUUUUGGCCUGUUAAGCCGAUCGAUUUAUCGAAUAGAAACACUUGUUACAUUCAUCACUGCCCAGAAAUAUUUUAACUGAUGGUAGAGACAGAAUUCAGCCAGAACUCUGUCACCCCGACGUUCAUGAAAAUGCAGAAUCGUCACAAGUCACUUUAGCAACACAUUUCAACUGCCCGAACGAUUCCUUCGAAUUGCCAAUUCUUUUUUCGAAUCGAUCUUCUUGGGUCGAUCGCCGGACUUUCCACUUGCCACUCGUACCGGAGAGCGUCUUUUGAUAACUUUUUUUAAUGAAAAAAAUCGAGUGGGACUGUAGAGUCCGGCUGUAGCAUCUCCGUCGCGACGAUCGUGUACAAGAGGAAAUUAUCGUGACGGAGAUGUCAGGAGAUGUCCUUUAGUCGCGUAACACUUGGCUUCCUAAUAAGAACCUCUCAAAUAAAAUAAAUAUCAGUAAAUUGCCAAUUACCCACGAGCGCUAGUGAUAAUAGUUACAUAGGAAAAAGAAAAAAAAUGUUAAAAUAAACGAAAGCUAUUAAAAACAACGGUGCUGGGUGCUUCCUAAAAUAGGAAUACGGUAGGUGGUAAGAAUUUUUUUUAUGAACAUGAACAUAACUUCCUAUGAAUGGAAUAAACAAAAACAGUUGAUGCUGAAUAAAAGAAUGGCAUUGUGCAAUAGGAUGAGGGAUCACCGGGCCUGAUUGUCCGGGAGGAAUAUAUCGAGGAGAAAAAAUAUAUAAAUGAGGUGGAAAAAAAGGUAAUUGGGUCGGCUGAUGCUGCGAUUUCACCGGCACCAGUGGAAAUCGCCAGGAAGUAGAGAAAAUGUUUAAUUCACGUCUUCCGGAGAGUUUGUUCAUAAAUUUUCGACCAUGAUCCCUUAAUUGAACGAACUUGUUUCCUCUUGCCGAUUUUUAUUAGAUUUAUUGUGAGUUUAAUUCUGCUGAAUAAUCAAAUGAACAGGAAAAGGGUUUCAAUUCUUCGGAAACUUGAUAUUAUAAAUCAUCAUUUGAUCGUUUUUUAAUAAAAAAAAGUUGAAAUAAUUGGAACACAAUGUACCGAUUAAAUAAAAUAAUAAAUCCAAUUGAAAAUUAUAGGAAUCUUUGAUUAAAUGGAGUUAUUGAUCUCAAAGAUGAAUAAUAAAUCUUUCAAUUCUUUCCGAAUUAAUAAAAUGAAAGAAAAAAUGCUGUCUUUAAUUGUCAUGGAUAAUUAGGAAUGGUAAAUUUGAUUUAUCUCAUUUUACGAUUUCACUAUUGAUUUCUAUCCUCUCUCAUUCCACUAUCAAACUCUCAACGUAUAGGUGCUAGGUUUGUAAAUAAACAAUGUCGAAAUGCCGGAGAUGAUAGGAGUAACCGUAAAGAGGAAAAAAUAAAAUUCGACUCAGGUAACUACACUAGUUCCGAAAUUCACCCACGAAAAUGAAAACUAACUCCGCAAUCUAAAAGUUUCAACUCCCAGCAAACUUGUAUAUUCACUGUAUCGGAAUUUAACACAUGGAAUAAACAAUAAUGCUUCUACUA